AGUACCCAACCAACUUUAACAAUAGAAGUAGAAUGGUUUCCCAAAACAAAUCUCCUCCUCUUUGAUUUAUUAUUGUGACAUCAUUAUUCUCCACUUUACACAAUGAAGCUACCACUCUCUCUUCUCUCCAACAUGACUGCAACUUACUUUACAUAAAAAGAAAGAGUAGUAAUUGAAUGAUUUGUUUAAUGUUAGUUGAAUUGGAUCUAUCUCUCUCCCCCUUCAGAUCUCUCCUCCAUUUAAGGCCUUCCCUCAUAUCUCACACUUCCCCACUCCCCAAUUUAAGCAACAAUGUCAAUGUCGUCUCUUUGACUUCAGUUUCACUCUAUCCUCUUUUCACCUUUUCUCUUCUUUCUUUCACCUUCUCAAGUUUUCUUCUGUAGCUUCUUCCCUCAAGUUUCUGAUCAUAGAUUUCAUAUAAAGUUUCGGCCUUUACUAAUACCCGUUCAAUGGAUCCGACUUCAAGAUCCGACCCACGCCGUCAAUUUAAUUAAGAAACUUCCCGACGUUUUUAUCUCUCCGUGGAGCCGAUGAAACGAUCCGUUAGACCACUCUUUAGUGCUCUCCUCUUCGCUUUCUUCGCCGCCACACUCAUUUGCAGAGUGGCGAUUCGCCGGAGCAGCUUCACCUUCGCCUCCGCAAUCGCCGAGCUCGGCAACUCCGGACUCAUGACGACUGAAGAGAUCGUAUUCAACGAGACAUUGCUCGAAUUCGCCGCCAUUGAUCCCGGCGAACUCAAGUUCAAGCAAGAGGUCGAUCUGAUUUCUGAUUACGACAACACUCGGAGAACCCACCGCCGCCAUUUCAGCUCCAUGUCAAGACCGAGCGAACAACAACAACAUCGCCAUGGGAGCAGCAGCAGAGACAUUGCUUCUAAAUUUCCGGUAACGCUUCGUUCCCCUCAGGUUUAUCGUUACUGGUCAGAGUUCAAGAGAAAUUUACAACUUUGGUCUCGUAGAAGAAGAGCUUAUGAACCUAACGUCAUGUUAGAUUUGAUCAGAUUAGUCAAGGUUCCGAUUGAUUCACACAACGGUGUAAGUGGUAUAAGAUACUCAUCUUGUGCAGUGGUUGGUAAUAGUGGAACAUUGCUGAUUAGCCAAUACGGUGAUCUCAUUGAUAAACAUGAGAUUGUGAUUCGGUUGAACAAUGCGAAAACAGAGAGGUUUGAGAAAAAGGUCGGAUCAAAAACGAACAUAUCAUUCAUAAAUAGUAACAUUUUGCAUCAGUGUGGGAGAAGGCAGAGUUGUUACUGUCAUCCUUAUGGCGAAACUGUUCCCAUUGUGAUGUACAUUUGCCAACCGAUUCACGUUUUGGAUUAUACUGUUUGCAAACCAUCGCAUAGAGCUCCUCUGAUUAUCACUGAUCCGAGAUUCGAUGUCUUGUGUGGUAGAAUCGUUAAGUAUUACUCGGUCAAGAAGUUCUUGGAAGAGAAGAAAGCGGAAGGGUUUGUUGAUUGGAGUAAAAACCAUGAAGGGUCGUUGUUUCAUUACUCGUCAGGUAUGCAGGCUGUGAUGCUUGCGGUGGGAGUUUGUGAGAAAGUUAGUGUUUUCGGGUUUGGGAAGUUGAAUUCAACCAAGCAUCAUUACCAUACUAAUCAGAAGGCUGAGUUAAAGCUUCAUGACUAUGAAGCAGAGUAUAGAUUGUAUCGCGACUUGGAAAACAAUCCUAGGGCUAUCCCGUUCUUGCCUAAAGAGUUCAAGAUCCCUUUGGUAAAAGUUUACCAUUGAAAAAAAUACAUAUAUACCAUCAAAGAGUUUUGUCAGAGAGUUGUGUUAUUGUUUGUUUCAAGCGAAGAAGCUUGUUGGCAAGAGUUUUGCACUGUCGUUUUGUUCCCAAGUCCCAAAGAUUUUGUUUGAGAUUGGGGGGUGGAGACUAACACUUUCCCUAAAAUGGUAAGGAGUGAGUGCUUUUUACAGAUUUUUUAGAUUUGUGGUGUCACACACAUAUUGAAAUAUAUGGUAAAUUUUGGCGA